UCUAGGUCAGAGUGACCCUGUUCAGGAUCACUUGCUAUUUAAGAAGACUCUCUUGCCAGUCUGGAAGAUGAUUGCCAGUCACAGGUUCAGCAGUCCUUUUCUGAAGCCUGUAUCAGAAAGGCAGGCCCCGGGAUACAAGGAUGUGGUGAAAAGACCCAUGGACUUAACUAGCCUGAAAAGGAAUCUGUCUAAGGGACGGAUUCGUACCAUGGCUCAGUUCCAGAGAGACCUGAUGCUGAUGUUCCAAAAUGCUGUGAUGUACAAUGACUCUGAUCAUCAUGUGUACCAUAUGGCUGUGGAGAUGCAACGAGAAGUCUUGGAGCAGAUUCAGGUGCUGAGUGUUUGGUUAGACAAAAGAAGAGACUUAAAUAGUAUGGAAUGAGAACCAGCCAAGCCUGUGGAUGUUGGAAAACCUCUUUUGUUAACCAGGAACUGCUAUCCUGGCCUUUUCUGGAUUUGGGACCUCUUAUUGAUAGUUACAGAAGAUCCCAGUACUUGUCUACCAGUUCUCUGUUGUCUUUUCUAAUAAGAAAAAUGCCUUAAUUCACAACCAAGGAGUCAAAGGUGCCUGUGGACAUAACAUAAAACAGGGAAAGCUGAGAUUUGGGGCUAAGCCAUAAAUGUUGCCCACAGCUUUGUUCCAUAGGCUUGAUUUAGAUGUAACUAAAUUAAACGUCUUAUAACUGCUCUGUAAAUAAAUGUUAUUUCACAAGUUA